CAGGUGUGGGUGCGCGCUCGGGUGGCCACCUCGCGCAAGCAGGGCAAGGCGCUCUGCUUCCUGCAGCUGCGGCAGUCGAUGCACACCGCGCAGGCCGUCGUGUUUGCCAAGGAGGGCGAGCUGGUCGGCUUCGCGGCGACGCUGCCGCGCGAGUCGGUGGUCGACGUCUUCGGCGAGGUGACGCUGCCCGCGGAGGCGGUGGCGUCGUGCUCGCAGUCCGCCGUCCGCCGCCUCUACUGCGUCUCGCGCGCGAUGCCCGAGCUGCCCCUCCAGCUCGAGGACGCUGCUCGCUCCGACGAGCAGCUCGCUGCAGACCCCUCUCUCACCCGCGUGAACCAAGACGUGCGGCUCAACCACCGCGUCAUCGACCUGCGCACCGCGGCCAACCAGGGCAUCUUCCGCCUCCAGACACGAGGGGCACCUCUCGGGCCAGCUCGGCUCCUCUCGCCGUUAGGCUUCACCGAGAUCCACUCGCCCAAGAUGAUUGGCACUGCCUCCGAGGGCGGCGCAGACGUCUUCCGCGUCGAGCGCGACGCGUACCUCGCGCAGUCGCCGCAGCUGUACAAGCAGAUGGCGCUGAUGGCGGACCUCGACCGCGUCUUCGAGGUCGCGCCCGUCUUCCGCUCGGAGAACUCGCUCACGCACCGGCACGGGACCGAGCACAUGACCGAGUUCGUCGGCCUCGACAUGGAGAUGACCUUCUUCGAGCACUACCACGAGGUGCUCGACAUGCUCGACCGCACCUUCUGCGCAGUCUUCGACGGGCUGAACCAGAGCCACCAGGAAGAGCUCGCCGCCGCGCGCUUCACGAGGAGCGAGACGGACGAGCGGGCGCGGGCGCGCAUCCGCGAGCGGCUUGACGCGCGCGGCCCGGAGUCGCUCGCCGAGCACGCCGACACCGAGGACAUGGGCACCGAGGACGAGAAGCUGCUCGGCGAGAUCGUCGCCGAGCUGCACGGGCAGGACUACUACAUCAUCGACAAGUUCCCGGCCGCGGUCCGCCCCUUCUACACGAUGCCAGACCCGACCGACCCGCGCUGGUCAAACUCGUACGACAUCUUCAUCCGCGGCGAGGAGGUCACCUCGGGCGCGCAGCGGGUGCACGACCCCCAGAUGCUGCUCGACUGCGCCAAGGAGAAGGGCGUCGACCUCUCGCCCAUCUACUCGUACGUCGACUCGUUCAAGUACGGCGCGAUGCCGCACGCGGGCGGCGGGAUCGGCCUCGAGCGCGUCGUCAUGCUCUUCCUCGGCUUGCCAAACAUCCGAAAGUCGUCGAUGUUCCCGCGCGACCCGAAGCGGCUCAACCCGUGA